AUGGCUGAGAGGUUCAGCAGUCCUGGGUCGGCGUACUGGGCUUGUCUGGCGUUUAUCUGUCUCGCCGUCCCCGAGACGCACCCCUUUUGGACUUCGGAAGAACAAGACCACUGGGGUGUGCUGCCCCCGGUGAAGGCUCUGCCUCAGCCGGGCCACAUCAUGGUCAGCCUCGGAACACACACCUUCCUCCUCUCCUCCGGCCAAGCCUGCUCCUACCCCAUGAAAGGCACCCACGCCAAAUACGGCGGCUUCGCCUACUCGUCCUCCUACGCCUACUCCGUCCCCCCCGGGCUCUUCACACUGGAGCAAUACGCCCUAGCCUCCCAACUCGGCCUUUCCGACGACGGGGGCGAGUACUGGAAAACCAGACGGCUGUCAGCCUCCCAGCUCAAAACAGCACCAGAUGGGACCCCGUUCCUCAUCUCAGAGUGGAAGCCUUUUGUGGAUGUCCACGUCAAGACGUAUCUCCUUCCGCCUGUUCCAGGAGCGACGGAGAACUACCAUUUCCGGGUUCAUCACAUCUGGGCCGAGGGAAGGGAGGUCAUGACGGCUGAUGGGAGUUUUGCCAUCUGCAAUGAGUCGACGCUGCGGGAGUCAAAGGGGCGGUAUUUGGAUUUGUGGGAUGAGUCCAAGGGGGAGGGGACGAGUCCAAAGCUGAUUGGGAAUUAUGAUCUUGCUACUCCUGAGGCGUGGGCAGACGGCCAAAAGGGGGCGUUUGCGGUUCAUAAGACCAAGGGUGCGGUCGGGAUCAGGGCUUUGGAGGGCGGGAGUAUAAGGAAGGCGAACUUGGUGAAUGCCGACCCCAACAGCAACCUGGUCGAGAGCAGGACUGCUAUCCCGACGUUGCAGGGGACGGUGAAGAAGGGGGAAAAGGUUUGGUAUGUCGGUGGGAUUUAUGCCCGCCCGGGCGGGAAGCCAGAGGAAUUUCUGAGCGGGUGGGACAAGAUUCCCGAGCUGCCGGGGUGGCUGAAGGAGGAGAUUGAAAAGUCAUCUUGA